CAGUCUGGCAGGGCUGCGGUUCUUCGAUUUCGGCUCCCACCGCUCAGCGCUCUCAUGUUUUCAGACGCGAACUGACCCAGUUUGUUUAUCAACAAAGAGAUUUUAAAUGCUAAAUGGUUUUUUCAGUCGUCCGAAGAAUUUUAGUCUUUAACACGGUUUUUCACGUCUGAAGUGGAGUAAAAAACCGCCGGCCUCAGAGCGCCCUUGGAAGUUCUCGAGAGUCCAAGUAAGAACCGUUUUCAAAAAAAGAUCCGAUUCUCAACUAGAUCGGUUCAUAGGAUUUGCGAACUUCCCAUAUAUCAGCCACGAAUGAAAAUGAAAAAAACAAGUUUUGUUUGGAACCACUUCACGACCGUUCAAAAAGGAAAAUACAUGUGCAAUUACUGCAAAUCAGUACUCUCAACUGCCAACGGUUCUACAGGCAACCUCAAGAGGCAUCUGAGAGUGCGACACCCACAUUUGAACGAAUUUAAUGAAAAUUUCUCAGAGGCGCUCACUGAAGAAAUGAUUGAGAAAGGAGCAGAAAAAAAUGUCAAUGCAAGGGAUAAUUCAUCUAUGAUACCAACAACAACUAUUUUGCCUUCUCAUGAAGUUGAAAGUAAUGAUAGAAAACGAAAAUGUUAUGAUAAACCUCAACAGAUUAAAUCUAGGGACCAGGUGGAUAACACGUUCAGCGUAAUGCACAAUGCCAAGAAUAACGCCAAGUAUACGGACGAUUUCACUCUUUACGGAAAGAACGUAACGAGCAGGAUGCGUAACGCUUGCAAAUCCCCACGUGCCAUCGCCUCGGCCAAAAACCAAAUUGACAAUAUACUCUUCAAGCUGGAAAUGGGAGAAUUUGAUGAUGCGUGUUCGGCUGAAAAUGUUGGCAAUUCUGGCAACUACCCUUUACUAACUGAAUUUAUCACCGUCCGAAGUGGGGAAGGUGAAAGCAAUACACAAGAUGUUAAAUAAUGCAUUGAGUACAUGGUCAUAAACAUUAUUUUUCUCAUGCACUCUGUUAUAUUGUACAUUGUAGAUAAUUUUAAGCAUCUAAGAUCAAAUAUAAAACAACAUUUUUGCUAAUGUUAGUUUAAAAAAAUUAUCAUCUAUACAUAUAAUUAACCAUUAUAACUUGUAUACAUAAUAAUGUCUGUAAAGUAAUAAGUAUUUGUUGAACAUUUGUUUAAGUACUGAUUUUUUAUUUUUUACUUCAUAAAUAAAGUAGUCCUACACCUCAAAAUGUGAACUUUUUCAAUAUUUUUCUUUUAAUAAAGUAAACUUUGUAUUA